AUGGCACGCAAACUUAGCCACCAGAGGGUCUCCUACGUCCUCCCUCUACCUGAUGCCCCAGGUGGACAUCGGUUGGGGAUCAACGGCCUGGCCGUUGACCGUCAAAACUCCAUACUGUACUCCGCAGGCCGCGACGGCGUGAUCUGUUCAUGGGAUCUUGACCUCCCCCUUUCCUCCUCAUUUGCUCCCAAACAUACACCGCCAUCUGGAAACGGACCCAACCCGACCGCCUUCAGAACCCAGGUGCAAGCCCACAGCCAUUGGAUCAAUGAUAUUGUCUUGGCGCAGGACAACUCCGCGCUGGUCUCCGCUUCAUCCGACACAACCGUGCGCCUAUGGCGCCCGCACUCCGAGUCAACUGAGGUACCGGAGCGCAUUGGAAAACACACCGACUAUGUGAAAGCACUGGCUAGUCCCAGCAGUCACGCGACUUGGGUUGCCUCGGGCGGUCUGGAUCAAAAGGUCUACAUCUGGGAUCUGAACGGAGGCGGCGAAAUACUGAACAUUAAUACCCGUGGAGGAGAUUCUACAGACAAAGGCUCUGUAUAUGCGCUGGGCGCUGUUUCGUCGGUGCUUGCUAGUGGCGGCCCUGAAAAUGUCGUGCGAGUGUGGGAUCCCAGGUCUGGAAACCUGGUGACCAAGUUCGUGGGCCACACCGACAACAUCCGUGACAUUCUGAUCAACCAGAAUGGAGAUACAAUAAUGACCGCUUCGUCUGAUCAGACGAUCAAGAUUUGGUCUCUAACAGCCGGCCGAUGCAUGAAUACAUUGACCAUGCACAACGAUAGUGUUUGGUCCCUUUACUCGGACCACCCCGAUCUCUCUGUCUUCUAUUCAAGCGACCGAUCCGGAUUAGUGGCGAAAACCGAUAUGCGGGGGUCAUCUGAUCCCGAACAGGGAAUCUGCGUCGCGGCACUUCAAGAGCACGAAGGCGUUUCCAAAGUGGUGGCGGCAGGAGACUACGUCUGGACAGCCACGCCCAAGUCGAGCAUCAAUCGCUGGCGAGAUGCCGAUACCACAGCCGGGAUUGAGCAGCCGCCCGAUCCUAGUCGUACCAUAGACUCUACGACGGCGCCCGAUUCUUCGGAGAAAGGGCCCAAGAAGAUUCCAUUCAAUGCCGUUUUGCAGUUGUCAGCGACGUCGGUUCUCGGCAGUGCAACCUCUAAAAGCAAUUCAUCAGAGCCUUCCUUGGAGACGAUUGGCCUGACCAUCCCGGUCCACUCACUGCCCGAGGAAACCAUCGAGGGCCAACAUGGCUUGAUCAAGUGCCUGAUGUUGAAUGAUCGGAGGCGCACGCUGACCCAGGACUCGGCCGGUGAAGUCGUUCUGUGGGAUUUACUGAAGUGCACUCCUAUCCAAUCGUUCGGCAAGCGUCAUAUCGAUGAUGUUGAGGCGGAAGUAAACACUAUUGACAGCAUUUCACACUGGUGCGCCAUCGACGUGCGUACUGGCAGGUUGUCAGUUAUUCUAGAGCCCAAUCGUUGCUUCGAUGCAGAAGUCUACGCGGAUGAGACCGAUCUACCAUCCUCUUACGUGUCAGAAUUGAAGGAUGAUCAAAGAAUCAAUCUCGGCAAAUGGAUCUUGCGUUGGCUGUUCGCUCCAGUUGUUGACGAUGAACUCCGGCAAGACAACGAAUUCCGCCAAGCCGCCAUCGCGAGAGCAGAGGAGAAUGCUCGACUGAAUCCGGUCAGUACAUCGACAACCGCCGAUGAUAUCCCUCGCAGCAUCGGUAUCCCUAUCUCUGGUUCGAAAACGACUCUCCGUCCAAGCUCAGACAUCCCUGCUAGCCCGAACAUGGGAUAUGGGAUCAACAUUGGCACGCCAUCGUCCAACUACCUGAGCACUUCCAUGCAGAGCAAUUCCCCGUUCCCCAUGUUUGAAGACACGGCCGAGGCUUCCGCGCCACCAACGUCCCAUCCAGAUGGUGGGCCGUCCUCUUUCACAGAGAGAAUGGGUGACUAUUUCUCAAACAGGGUUCUGGCAUCCUCGCAGCCGGAUACCGACAAGCCUCUUAUGUCUCCCUCAGAUGGAGUUCCGCAAUCUCCAGCCGAGCCAGACAAUCCAGAGCGCAAAAAGAGUCUGUUUGGUAAGAAGUUCCAGAUGAACUUCCCCAAGAAAUUAGGUGGUCGCAAUUCAUCAGAAACGAAGCCACAAAUUUUAGAAGAAAAGGCCGAGGAGUCUGAAAUCUCCUCCGUCAAGGAAGAGAGAGUGUACGAACCCAACCUCUAUGGUGUGGUUGAGCGAAUCCGUCAUGACUAUGAGGAGUUUUUGGCUACAAAUCCAGACCGGGAACUGGAGACGGCGGUUUUGCCUAGUGCCGAAGAUGAAACUCCGCGGUUAGAGAUCCCAUCUAAAGUUGCAGUCUUUAUUCAGGAGGAAACAGGUGACACCGCCGUUGCCUCGGAUCUCUAUCGAGGAAGCGUGGGCCGCAUUGGCGAGGAUCUAGAGAGGCUCAAGAAGUCGAUUCCUCAUUGGCUUGGCGAGCUUCUUCUCAAAAACCAAAUCCCUUUCAAGGAGCAGGUCAAGAUCGCCUUUGUGUUGAAGCCAUUCGACGAUACUUUACCGCCUCUAGUCAAGCCCGAUCCGCCUGCUCCUAUGGGUGCACCCCCCGGUGCCCCGAAUACCAAUAAUACCAACAACGGCUCUCGUCUCAAUGCCAACCGCAUGCUCCGGGCAAAGAAGAUUCUUGCUUACGUUGCAGAACGCAUUGAUCCCGCGGAUCCCAAUGAGCCUGCGGAAUCCGCUAUGCCGCCAGAAGAAUACCUUGAGCUGUAUUGCCAGAAGAUGCUCUGUCCACCGAACAUGACUCUGGCAACGAUCCGCACACAUAUGUGGCGCAGCUCAGGAGAUAUGGUCCUCCAUUACAAGACGAACGGGAAGAAAGAGAUUCACCCGCCUCGAGAAUUACUCGGGCUCGAUGACAACCAUCUUCUUCUAGGGAACUCUCAUGGUUCUGGAAAUAGUCAUACACAUGCACCUCCCGGGAGUAUCCAUUCCAUGGCCAACUCGAGUUCCGUUGCCGGCUCUGUCAACAACCAGUGA